AUGGCGAGCCUAAACUCCAACAACAAAAGCACCAGAUUCUUCUCUCCGCACGCCCACCACCACAGCGUCUGCACCCGAACUCACCAGAUCGCCGCCUUCGCGUUGGUUGUCGCGACUUUCUUUCUCACCAGGCUCUUCGACCACUCCCUGGGUCCCUGCUCCUCACCCUACCUCAAUUCUUUUUCCGAUGGAAAUCAGUACACCGCACCGGACGGCGUCGUGCGGUUCGGGGGCUCCCCAGGGUAUGGGACCCACCUGACCUUGAAGAUCUACGUGUACGACGAGAACGAGAUUGAGGGUUUGAAGCUGCUAAUGUACGGACGCGACGGGAAGAUUUCCGCGGAGGCUUGCGUUAAAGGCCAGUGGGGCACUCAGGUUAAAAUACAUAGGUUGCUUUUACAAUCAACAUAUCGGACUAGAAAGAAAGAGGAAGCAGAUCUCUUCUUUGUGCCAUCUUACGUGAAAUGUGUUCGAAUGAUGGGUGGCCUUAAUGAUAAAGAGAUCAACCAAACUUACGUCAAGGUUUUAAGUCAAAUGCCAUAUUUCAGGUUAUCUGGUGGCCGCAACCAUAUAUUUGUUUUUCCAAGUGGUGCUGGAGCUCAUUUGUUCAAGUCCUGGACCGUGUAUUUAAAUCGUUCUAUAAUUCUGACGCCUGAGGGAGACCGCACAGAUAAACGAGAUACCAGUGCCUUCAACACAUGGAAAGAUAUCAUCAUACCUGGUAAUAUUGAUGAUGGUAUGACAGUUCGGAAGCCUAGGCUAGUUGACCCUUUGCCUUUAUCUAGGAGGAAAUAUUUGGCAAACUAUUUAGGUCGAGCACAAGGAAAGGCUGGCCGUCUACAAUUGAUAGAUCUUGCCAGACAAUAUCCUGAUAAGUUGGAAUCUCCAGAGUUGAAAUUCAGUGGCCCAGACAAACUUGGGAGAACAGAAUACUUUCAACAUCUUCGCAAUGCAAAAUUCUGUCUGGCUCCACGUGGGGAAUCAUCAUGGACUCUUCGCUUUUACGAAUCAUUCUUUGUGGAGUGUGUUCCAGUUAUAUUAUCAGAUCAAGUGGAAUUGCCUUUCCAAAAUGUAGUUGACUACAUGCAAAUUUCAAUUAAAUGGCCAUCCACUCGGAUAGGAACAGAACUUCUGGAUUACUUGGAAUCAAUUCCAGAUAAAGACUUGGAGGAGAUGAUCGCCAAGGGUAGACGAGUGAGGUGCUUAUGGGUUUAUGCUCCUGAAUCUGAAUCCUGCUCUGCUUUCAGUGGAAUUCUAUGGGAACUUCAGAAGAAAGUGAGGCAAUUCCAUCAGUCAGCUGAGACGUUUUGGCUGCAUAAUGGAUCUAUAGUCAACAGAGAUUUAGUAGAAUUCAGCAAAUGGAAACCACCCAUGCCUUUGCCUUAAAAUGAUCUGGGAAUAAAGAUAUUGAUUAUGGCUUUUCUCCACUAUUCUUUACGCAUUCUUAAAAGACGCAUUAACCUUUUUGUGUUAUCGAAUUUCGUAACAUGUUAGUCGUACAUGUUCUCCCAGCGAACAAAGAAAAACACAAGUCAAAGAGUGUUCACAUAGCGUAAAUGUCUCUUAGCUGUAUAGGAAAGCAAAAUGUUCAUACCCCUGGGUGGACAACUUCAACUUCUUGAUGUGUGAACAAGAAAGAUAUUGUUGAUGCAUUUGCUGUAAACUUAUAUUUGUAUUCUAGUUAUUUCUCAGUUCUUGUCUUUUUAA